AUGGCAAACAAGUUUGGAUUAGGGUCUUUACCUCUAGAAUCUAAAAAUCCCAUGACGGCGUUUAUAAACAAAGCGAAACCUUUUUUCGUGGAUCAAAUCGGAGACACCUUACAAGGGGAUAUCGAUAUGAACAAUUUCAAAAUAACUAAUUUAAAGUUUCCAGGAAACGAUAGCGAUGCCGUGAACAAGAAAUAUUUACUGGAUCAAAUUCAAAUAGAUAAGGACCAUGUUGAAAAUAGAAUAACUGACGUGAAAAGAUACCUCAGACGAAAUAUUAAAAAUCUUGUGGACGAACCCAAACUACAACAAGAGUUAACGAGUUUAAAACGUCUUAUUCAGGUGGAUAAAACAAGUCAGUUGCAAAAUUUAAUAUCUAAAUUAGACGAUAAGAUUACGAAGGUAAAAAUAGACGUCCAACGUUUAAUAGAUAACCCAAAUGUAAACGAGGAAAGAUUGAAACGAAAACUAACCGCUUUGGAAAGAAAACUUGGUGAAUUGCUAGCAGAACUAGAUAAGACCGUGGACAAAACUGAGUUACAAAAUUCAGUAUCCAAAUUGAACGAAAAGAUCGCGAAGCAAAAAUCAGAUGUUCAAGAUAUAAUUAACACACUUCCCAUUGACAAAGAUACGUUGAAACGACAAUUGACUGCUUUGGAUACUAAAAUCACGGACGAAUUAGAAAAAGAAGUGGGUGUGAUUAAAAACUUUCUUCAAAAUAAAUUUCAAGAUGAUAUCAAAGAAUAUAUUAAAGAACAAGUCAAUCUUUUGGUAUCUAGAAUUCAUGACGAUUUUUUGAGACAAGAGAGAAAGUUUACCAAAUUGGAAGCUAUUGUCACGGACAAGUCGUAUUAUUUCAAUCUUCCAUUCGAAAGUGAUACUGUCUUCGAUAGAAAAGACCAAAGUUAUAAAUCAAACAAAUAUGGAUUCAAAGUAGAAAUAAAAGUAGCUUCUCGCGUAGAUGGAGAACCUAAAAACGUAUUUGAUAUCGGCGAAACGGAAGCGUUUACUUUUCGAGGAAGAUGUCUGAUUGAAAUAGAUUUUCCCAUGAAGGGUUGGUAUUAUUUAUAUCAUUACGAUAAAGAAUGGUUGAAGAAGAAUGGUAUGAAACUACUAGAAUGGUUGCGAAACAUACUGAAAAAGAAAAUAUAG